CCGGGAUAUAUAUCUUGAUAUCCACAUCACCACUUCAACUGUUUAUGGUGCGGUUGUUCAACCUAAGGCAACCAUUAAGGAGAAGAUUAUACCCAGUGAUCAACAACACCAUGUUCUAUCAGGCCGGUACGGUGAUGUCUUUACCAAGAUUGGUGAUGCUCCGAUGCAAGCCUUCCCGCAACCUCCGACUCAACAUUCGGAUCGCCAUAUCGAGAUUGGUGAUGGGGGCCUCAGCCUCGAGAGUGAGCUAGAAGCAGCAAUUUCUUCUUCAAGUAAAAGAAAUUUAGCUGAUAUGAUGACAGAGUUUGCCGAAUCUCUGCAUGUGCAUGACAUCUCAACCAGCGUUAGCAUGCCAGCAGGACCAUCCGUCAGGUGGUGCCGCGUGGAGAGGUGCCCCAACUUGGACACCGUCUUCGCUACGAACAACUGGUUCAAUCAACUGGAGACCAUCUGGGCAUCGGAUCUCCUGAUGGCCCGCUGCAUUUUAGACAAAUAUUCCCGUGUGCCUUUUGAAUCCAACAAUCUGCAGCACUUGCAUCUGCGCUCCUGCCCAAGGCUCCAGUUUGUGCUGCCGGUGUCUGAUAUCUACGCCUUCCCCAACCUGAAGACCCUCCACAUCAUCCACUGCGGCGACCUCAGGCACGUCUUCGUGCUUGACGAAAUGCCCCCGGAGGAGAGAGAGAUAGCUCCGUUCCGGAAGCUGGCCACCAUCCACCUGCACGACCUGCCGAAUCUGCGGCAGAUAUGCGAGGUCAAGAUGCUCGCACCCGCUCUGGAGACCAUCAGGAUCAGGGGAUGCUUUGGCUUGCGCCGGCUGCCGGCCGUGGCGGCCCGCGAGCCAGGCGCGAAGAGGCCGACCGUGGAGAUGGAGAAGGACGUGUGGGACGCGCUGGAGUGGGACGGGCUGGCCGCCGACCACCACCCUGACCGCUUCGAGGCGCCCGUGCACUACUCGCGCUACUACAAGAGGCGCCUCCUCAGGGGCACCGUCCUCAGGUGAAUCCUGAACCCUGCAUCUACUGCUGCUACGAGAGAUCGAUCAGUGGCAUGUUCUACGUCUGCUAUGGAUGCUGCUACUGAUGCCGUGUUUGGUUCAUGUCGUGUGGGCUUUGGCUUUGCCACUGACGCUUCUGGGUUGCUGUGACGCUACAGCUGCUGCUGCCUUUCGUUGAGAAUUUUUUGCAAGGUGCGAGCCUCAGGUUGGCUCCUCCAUGCCUGUGUUGAUGGCCGGGUUGGCCUGCGUUUGCUGUGUGCUUUGGAAUAAAAAGGCGGCCUUGGUUUGUGCUGAGGCCUGGCCGAUGUGUGUGCUCGAGUGUGUGGCUUGCGGUUCAAUCUGAAACAGAGAAGCAGCAGCCGGGUGUGUCUGCCUGCUGGCUGCUUGUGUGUGCUUGGUUUUGUAUGGCUUGUGAGUGUGCUCUGCUAUGCCGUUUGAGACGGGAGUAGCUAAUAAGCUGCAGCUGCGUGUGAUUCAUGCUGCUAUGUACUAUCUCAUGAACCAACAAACAGCUGGUUGUGUGCCUGAUGUUGGCUGUUGUGAUUUGUGAACCAUUAAGCUUGUGGUGUGUGAUUUAUACUUGCAAGCAUCAACCGGGAGAUAUUUCUAUC